AUGGCAUUACAUACUGGACACGAUAGAAGAAGCAUAGAAGCCAUAACCUCACAUAUAAGAAAUUCACAAGCAAAUCCAGGUAGAGCUGACGUGAAUGUUCGUCGAACCAUCAGAUUCAGACGAAGCCAAUAUGCUGACAAGGAGGAAUGUGCAAAAUUGGUUGAUCCGUUAAACAACAGAGGCAAAUUCGAAUAUAGACUAAAAAUCCUCGAGCAACCCAAAUGUGCCCGCCGAUGCGGCUUCGGCGAAAAGGACCGUCGAAUAGUUGCUCCUAUUCCAAUUUUACAACUCAUUGUUAUAGACAAGGUGCAUAAUUGUCUUGCCGAUGUUAGGGAACAUUUUACCAACGGGAUGAUAGUAAAAUGUGAUAUUUUUAAACAAGAUCAUACGGAGGCCAAUUUAGUCAAUUAUUCCUAUGCUGGUCAAGAGCAUCAAGGUUUUACUCUUGUCGGUAACACAACAGCGAGUGGGCAUCUAAUCCAAGACUUUGAAGAUGCGGAAAGGAUGACAGUGUAUUUCGUGUUUGCGGAUUUGAGUGUUCGCACAGAAGGAAGUUUAUUUACAGAACUAUUCGAAGUGUCUACUGCAAAGAAUUUUCCUGGAGUUCCAAAACGCUCUAGCUUGUGUCAAUACUUAAAAAGAAAAGGAAUAAAAAUGUAUACUCGUAAUGAUUCGGGUCCCGACACAAGUGACAACGAAAGUAGUAACCAAAGCGUCGGAAUUGUUCAGGAAUCGGAACAUACUACAAAUGCCCAGUUAGAUCCGCCCAUCCACCUUGCUCGUACGCCUUUCCCGUCAGCCGAAUCAUACAACUAUCUCGAAUCCUCCGUUACUGCAAUUUCGCAACUUCUUGAAUCUCAGGCUCCCCCAUCAACAACUACUCAAGAGCUUGUCUGA